UUGCAAUAUUUACAACUAUUCUGUUUUAUAUUCCACGUAUUCCAUAUUGACUCUAAAACGGUACAAUUUUAAUUUCGUACUUAUUCAACUACAUUAAAAUCUAAUCAAUUUACGGAGGAGUCCCCAUGACGUAUUUAACCAAUCGUCAAACAUUAUUGUGCAGGCAUUCAAUGCUUCCUCCCUCUAUAUGGCGAGUAGGUGUCGAUGCUGUACUAUUAUUUUUAACACAAAAAGGUGCAACGUGAAUCUUAUCAUUUGGAAGUGUUUUCAGUAAUAUUUUAUGUCUUGACAUUAAACUUUGUAUAUACUGAAUCUAGUUUACAUACAAUAUGAAAUCGCAGGAUGAUACAGUAUAUCCUAUAGGAAAGCGAUUAAUGAUUUACAUAGUAAAUGUAAUUCCAUGUCACAGGAUAUACGCAUAACCUCCUUCCGUUACAUCGCUUUGAUGUACGAAACAUAUAUAUUCAAGGAAUUAGUUUAAUGGUCAAAUUGUUUAUUUUUUACUGUGACCAUCCUUUGUCUAACUCUAAUAUAAAUUUUUAACCUUAUAUUCUGGUAAAAGAAGUUAUUUUGAGGUUAUAGCUCGACCACUGUUUAUAUAGACUAUUUAAUUGCUUUUAUGAUCGUAUGACAUUAUUAUUUACAAUUAAUGAAAAUCGAAAAACGUGGAUUAGUAAAAGUUGUAAAAGUCAAGGUUGCUUCAAUAGCCAGCAUCAUAGUGCUAAGACUUUUCUUGAAUUAAGCACUACAUGAAAAUAGACAAUGUCUUUUCGUAUGAAACUCGCUCGUAGUCGACCUAUUAGACUAUUAGGUGGUAUCGCUAUGAAACAUUGGAUAUUUUCUGGAGCAUAUGUUCUUACCUGUUUUUUAUUAUACUGGUUGUAUGGUGGUAUUUUUACUUUCUUCCUCUUCUGUUUCGCUAAUAUAGGUUUAUUAUAUCAUAGGGAAGAUAAGCUGCUCUAUCAUCCUGAAUCACCAGCUCAUUCUCGUGUUUAUGUUCCUGCUCCUUCUAUAUUCAAUCUACCUUAUGAAAAUGUAUAUACGCGUUCAGGCGAUGGUACUAUGCUACAUAUGUUUUUUAUUUCUCAACCUGAAGAUAGGGCAAAGAAGGUCCCAACCUUACUUUUUCUCCAUGGAAAUGCUGGAAAUAUAGGACAUAGACUUCAAAAUGUUGUUGGUCUCUACCGUAAUAUUCAGUGCAAUAUCCUAAUGCUGGAAUAUAGAGGCUAUGGAUUAUCGCAAGGUUCACCAUCUGAAAAAGGAUUAUAUAUGGAUGCUCGUGCAGGAAUUGAUUAUUUAACUUCCAAAACCAAUAUUAAUACUGAUGAAAUUAUUGUCUUUGGUAGAUCACUGGGUGGAGCAGUAGCAAUUGAUUUAGCAACUAAGGAAGAAAAUACAAGAAGAAUUUGGUGUCUUAUACUUGAAAAUACAUUUACAAGUAUACCUGAUAUGGCAGCAUUUAUAGGAUCAAGAUUUUUUCAAUAUCUACCACUUUUUUUAUAUAAAAAUAAGUAUUUAUCUAUUUUCAAAAUACGAUCGAUGAUAGUACCAACAUUAUUUAUCUCUGGCUUAGCAGAUACAUUUGUACCACCACGAAUGAUGCAAGAACUUUAUAAAAAUUGUAAAAGUAAAUAUAAGAAGAUUCUUCCAAUUUCUGGUGGUACACAUAAUGAAACAUGGUGUCAAUCUGGAUAUUAUGAAAAUAUAUGUUCUUUUUUGAAUGAAUUAAGGGAAAAUCCAUCAAUCCAGGUAACAUCGGAUCACUGGCAAAUAGAUGAUAUUUAGAAAUCAAUAUAUAAAUGAAAUACAUUUUGCGUCCAAAUGUAUAAAUAUAUUCUAAAAAAUGUCCAAUACAAUAUUAAUGUAUUUAAAAUAAAUGAGUUGGUCCAAUAAGUUAAAA